AUGCUUCCAAGUCUCAACAACAAUGGCACUGUCGGCUGUGAGGGCCUCCUGCUGUCACAAGUUACCGCGGACUCCAUCGCGGAUGUGGUCUCCACGCUGGAAGAGGCCAAGGCCUGCGGUGACGCCGUGCUCCUGGUGCUUAUCGAUAUCAAGGGGGCCUUCGAUGGCCUGCCCCACCCAGUCGUUCAGCAGGCCCUGGACCUACUUGGCAUCAACGGGAAUCUGCGGCGGUUCAUCUCGUCGUUCCUGGAGGAACGCACCCUCAGGGUACGAGUGGGCCGAUCGAGGAGCUCCCCUCGGCCGGUGGCAGCGGGCGUCCCACAAGGGUCAGUGGUGAGCCCCUUCCUGUUCAACCUGGCCCUGGCCCGGCUUCCUGCUGCCCUGCCGAUCGACACCGACUAUCCGCGCACGCUCGGCCCUGCAAAGAGCUCUCUGAGCAGCAUUGGCGUCCAGCUACCCUGGAGCACUGCGGUGACGUACCUGGGGCUGCGCAUUGAUCACCGACUGUCCUGGCUGCCUGCUGUCAAGAUCCUGCAUGUGCAGGUCCUCCGGGUCCGCAAGGCAGUCUCCCAGCUUCUUGCCCGAGGACAGGGCUGUACCACUGGGUGGGCACUGCGGCUGUACGAUGCAGCAGCUACCUCACGCCUGCGGUACGCCCUCCCACUCGUGGCACUACCACCCGCCCGUCUCAAGAAGCUGGAGCUGCAGCAUCGGGCCGCGAUUAGGCUCUGCCUGGGCGCUCCCCGCAGCUCCCAAGUCGCUGCAACCUUGGCCGAGGCGGGAGCAUGGCCCCUGUCACUCCUCCUCCUGCAGCAGGGGCUACGCCAUGUUGACCGCCUCCACCAUGGACCAGACGGCAGUGCCCUGCUCUCCCGACUGCGCUCGCGGCCCCAUUCACAGAUGGGCAGACUCUGUGGGCUGUACGAGGAGGUGAUCGGGAGGCCUCCAGCGAACAACGCACAGCUGCCUCCUCCCCAGAGACCACCCAUACCCAUCACCACAGAGCUGCCCGGCGUUUCCAAACGGCGCUCCCCGACUUGUGCCCUUCAACAGACGGCUGCCUCCCUCCUGCAUGAGGACCACGGAGGAAACCUGCAGAUCUACGUUGACGGCUCGGUGAUGCCAGACACAGGCUCGUCGACUGCGGCCUGCGUGGUGCCCGCUUUGCGGAAGAGCAAGCAGUGUCGCCUCCCCGACCAUGCGACGUCAACAGCGGCAGAGGUAGCAGGCCUUCACCUGGCUGUGGACUUACUCGCAGAGGAGCUGCCGGUGACCCCAGUGACCAUCUACUGCGACUCCAAGGCGGCACUUCUCAGCCUGCAGAGGCCAGAAAGGGCCAGCCUCGGGGUUGCCCUGCUCUCGACAAGGCUGAUGGCGCUCCAGGAGGCGGGCUGCUCAGUGUCCCUGCACUGGCUUCCAGCCCACGUAGGGAUACCGGGCAACGAGGAAGCAGAUGCACUGGCAAAGCGUGCCCACCACUGCGUGGUCCCGCCCAGCCUGGCUGUGACAGCCAAUGAUUUCACAAGCCACAGGCUUCGGCGCCAUCUGCUGGCCUGCCAUCCGGACAAGCGGACGUCCUUGGGCCGCCCUCCGCGACCACUUCCACAGCGCGGCCUCGCACGCAGGGAGACCUCCCUCCUUCUGCGACUGUGGAUUGGCUGCUGUUGGACGGGUGCUCGCCGCCACCGUCAUGGCCUCAUCGCCUCUCCAACCUGUGCCUCCUGUGGGGAGCCCGAGACCCUGGAGCACCUCCUACUGGCCUGCCCUGCUUACCUACAGCAGCGUGACCGUCUCCUGCAGGAGUUCCGAUGCCUGGGGCUUCCUUCUGCACGGCAGGAAGACAUCCUCUUCCCUGGUCGUAGCGAGCUACCAGCCCUCCUAAGUGUCGUCGAGCUACUCGACCUGCCCCAAUCAUCUGGCUCCUGCUGGAUCACCACCCCCUGGCCUUUCACCCGAUCACCACUCCUACCGGACCCAAUGGGCCCUUCCUGCCGGACUGCUCAGCCGCUGCCCAUGGCGUCACUUUAA